AUGUCAACGGCCCCUCUCCUCCUACGCCUAAACGGUCGCCCGCAAGCCUGCGAUCCAUGUCGAGCGCGGAAAGUAGCCUGCGACCACGGCCAGCCAACCUGUUCACGCUGCAGAAAGCGGAACGAGACCUGCGUCUACACUGUUUCGGGCGCCACUGUCAAGAAGCAGCGGCUUCGGUCCCCCGUCCGCGCCGAGCAUCAACCUCCACCAGCAGCACCAGCACCAAGCACUGACUCAACGCCUUCACCCGCCGUGGCUCCUGGCUAUCUCGGCUUCACCAGUCACAAUGCUGUCUUUGAAGAAACGCGCAACAGCCUCUCGCUCGUCCACGGGCCCCCGGUCGAGGUUGUUGAGCCGAGGGCCCCGAGGGGUAGAAGUGUGAUUGACCUCCCGCCUCACUUGAGGGAGAUGAGUCUUUACGUUCUUCGGUGUUUACCUCAAUCUCAACAUGAUGUUAUGGCGCAUAGACUUCACUGUCUCACAGACGGAUGGAUCUUCAGAGCCAUUCAGGAGAUUAUAGACACGCUUCACAGAGACUGGGGACGGUAUCUCACAUCGCGAGAUGAUGCGGACUUGGAUGUCGUGGCGCGUCAUGUAAGCCAUAACACGGCACGGCCUUUGCGCGAUGAACAUUCGAGUGCAAAGGCUUGGACUGAUCAGUUCACGGGGAGCAAUAUUCGGUGGGAGUCGGUUGGGCUGAUCUGGACAUACUGGGAUGGCUCGCCGAGUUUUGAUGCGCCAGUUGUGGUCAAGUGUUUGGGGUAUUGCAUUGAGCUGGCGAGACAUUUCACACCUGGGAAUGACAUUAUGCUAUAUCUUUGCUACCGACGAGUCACCACUGAAUCUCUCGUCUCAGGCGACGCAGGCUUGACAUGCUGGCGCUACUUUGCAGAGACCGUCGCACUUCUCACAUUUCUUGGUCGACACGUCGGAUCAGAAGACACAAGCUACAUCCCCUCUCUCUGCUCCGAACACAGACGUCGCAUCACCGCCCGUGUCUUCAACAUCGACAAGGUCCUCGUCUCCUUUACAGGCCGUCCACCGCUGCUCAGCCGUCGCUUCUUCUCAUCCCCUCUGCCACUCGACCUGACAGACUUGGACCUUGAGUCCGGCCAAGCUACCAUACGACAUGCGGUGCACGAGUUGGAUGCCAAUGGCUUUCGUCAUAUUGGUGAUCUGAAGGGAUCGUCUAUGGUUAGGGCGCGGUCGCAGAUUGCUUACAUUAAGGAUGAGCUUCUUGAGAUUGCGCUUGCGAAUAGUGUCAAAGUCACUUUCGAGAGUCUAACCGAGAUCAAGGCUCGCGCUGAGAGGACGUAUGAGAGCUUCCCGGCCAAUCUCAUCCAUCGACCCGACGAACUCGACGAUCCAGACUGCGAUGUCCAGAAAGUAUACUCACGAAUUCUUAUUCGACUAGAACAUAUGCAGAAUCUCUUCUUUGUAGAGAGACUGUUGCUCCGUCUCGGCCACAUUGAUGAGAACCGGUUACUCCCAAUUAGCUUUGAGAUGGUCACCUUGACACUUCUCUUCUGGACACACCAAGAUCGCUUCUCCGGCAUGAGACGAGACUUUGAAUGGCUUCUCAUGGCCUUUGCCGCUCCGGGCGGCGGUAUCCUCUGUCUCGAACUCCUCCGCCCAACAUUCCGCGGCACCCAUCCCGACUGCCCCAAACUCAGCCGCUCCGCCAUAAUCCAAAAGCUCAGUCUUCUAAUAGGAUUCCUCGACUGGGUCCGACCUCCCGCCCCCAACGCCGAUCUCUGCGCAGACUGCAAAGCUGUUAUACAGGGUGUGCUAGACCACAACCUCAAUGCGCCUAUUGCAGUUGGACUUUAA